GAGCGCACGGUGUCGUGUCAAAGUCCGGGCUUGUCGCCUUGCCUCCCUCCCCUUCCCCCCUCUCGCCAUCUCCCAAGCGGGCCUACUGCCCACCGGCUGCCGCCUCCCAGAGAAAAACGAGCUCAAAUCCGCUGUUUUUUUCUUUUCUCGACUUGCUCCUGCUCGCUCGGCCCUGGCCAUUUAUGCGCGGACACACGUUCUUACCAGCAAUAAACAACGCCAGCGGGGCCGAUCGUUGCUGAUUCCGCAUCCCGAUCCGCGGCUCCUCAUCAAGGGUCGUCGUCGUCACUCCGGCUCCUCGCGGCCGGUUCUUUGCUUGCCUCCAAGAAACCGUCGGCUUGGCCUCUCAUUCCCGUCCCAAAUCCGUCCUGUUAAUAGGCCGAGCUCAGCUUCUUGCAUUAGCUUCUCGGGGCUGCUGCUCGCUGCCGAUUCCAGCGUUGAUUCGGGUUGGAGUUUUGGGACAGGUGCUGCAAGCAAUGGCGGAGGUGCGGAGCCGGGUGCGGGGGUUCCUGCGGAACCGGUGGCUGGUGUUCGUGGCGGCGAUGUGGAUGCAGUCGGUCGCCGGGGUGGGGUACCUGUUCGGCAGCCUGUCGCCGGCGAUCAAGUCCUCGCUGGGCUACAACCAGCGCCAGGUGGCCAGCCUCGGCGUCGCCAAGGAUCUGGGCGACAGCGUCGGCUUCCUCGCCGGCACGCUCUGCGCCGUGCUCCCGCUCUGGGCCGCGCUCCUCAUCGGCGCCGCGCAGAACCUCGUCGGGUACGGCUGGGUCUGGCUCGCCGUCACCCACCGCGUCCCCGUGCCACCGCUCUGGGCGAUGUGCAUGCUAAUCUUUGUUGGAAAUAAUGGUGAGACAUACUUCAAUACUGCUGCACUCGUCUCAUGUGUUCAGAACUUUCCCAAGAACCGUGGACCAAUCGUUGGUAUCCUCAAGGGAUUUGCUGGUUUGAGUGGUGCAAUCUUAACACAGGUUUAUGCAAUAAUGCACACGCCUGAGGAUGCUGCACUGAUAUUCAUGGUUGCUGUUGGCCCAACAUUGGUAGUCAUCGCUUUAAUGUUCAUUGUUAGACCAGUUAAUGGUCACAGACAAGUACGGCCGUCUGAUGGUACAAGUUUCACGUUUGUAUACAGCGUCUGCUUAGUCUUGGCCGCCUAUCUGAUGGGUGUGAUGCUGCUGGAAGACCUUGUUGGCUUGAGCCACUCAUUGACAAUCUUGUGUACCAUCAUUCUGAUGGUUCUUUUGCUAGUUCCAAUAGUCAUCCCUGUAAUGCUCAGCUUCUUCUCAAAUGACGACGAGAGUGCCUACACAGCACUGUUAACAUCACCUUGGAGAGAAGAAGCAAGUGGUUCAGUAUCGUCUGAAGAGCAAGAAGUUAUACUCAGCGAGGUGGACGAGCAAAAGCCGAAAGAAAUUGAUCUACUUCCAGCCUCUGAAAGGCAAAAGAGGAUUGCCGAAUUGCAGGCUAAGCUAUUCCAGGCUGCUGCUGUUGGCGCCGUCAGGGUUAAAAGGAGGAAAGGUCCACGACGAGGAGAGGAUUUCACAUUACUGCAGGCAAUGAUCAAGGCAGAUUUUUGGCUUCUAUUUUUCUCCCUUCUGUUGGGGUCAGGAUCAGGACUUACUGUGAUCGAUAAUCUUGGGCAAAUGAGUCAGUCAUUGGGUUUUGAGGAUUCUCACAUUUUUGUGUCAAUGAUUAGCAUUUGGAACUUCCUUGGACGUAUUUCUGGGGGCUUCUUGUCAGAGAUUAUUGUCAAGGAUUACGCAUAUCCAAGGGCAAUUGCCUUGGCGACAGCUCAAGUAUUCAUGGCAAUUGGACACUUCAUCUUCGCAAUGGGUUGGCCGGGCACGAUGUACAUUGGCACAUUGCUUAUCGGGCUCGGGUACGGCGCCCACUGGGCGAUCGUGCCAGCUGCUGCCUCUGAACUGUUUGGCGUGAAGAAUUUCGGAGCAUUGUACAACUUCCUUACAGUUGCAAACCCCGCAGGCUCCCUGGUUUUCUCGGGCAUCAUUGCCAGUGGCAUCUAUGACUACGAAGCCAGGAAGCAAGCUAACCAUAACCACUCAACAUUACUGGGAAUGGUCUCCGACGUCACUCCGGCGCUGAAGUGCGAGGGCUCCAUCUGCUUCUUCAUCUCGUCAAUGAUCAUGUCAGGGUUCUGCAUCAUUGCUGCCGCCCUGAGCUUGAUCCUGGUCCACCGGACGAAGAUCGUGUACACGAAUCUGUACGGUAAACCCCGGACAUGAGAGGUCAAAGGUCAUUGAGGAACUGAUCAAAGCUACAGGUAUCAAAGCAGAAGGGUGAAGUUUUUUUUUUUUUUGCGUCUUCCUUCUGUUUAUGGACUUCGCAUAUUCUUAUGGUGUCAAAACCACGGCUACUGGUGGCUACGGAUGGGAAAUUCAGUGUCAUGAAGCAUUGAAGCGUAUGGCGUUUUUGUGCGUUUUGUCCGAACUUCUUCGGUGUUUUUGGGGGGAUAUGAACUUCUUCAGUGUUGAGCUGGAACUUUGCAUAUACAUGUGGUCUGUUCUAUGUUUCAUCAAGGCUGUUGAAAACUUGAAAUGCAAUAAAUUGUCUCAGCUCUGCAAAUUGGAGAGCUCAACCUUGUACAUGGGCACCUGGUGUCCCAAGUCUGAGAGAAACCACAUGAUAGCUGCGUAUUUGUUUCC